GAUGAGGUUCGGGAUGGCAGACCGGACCGGAGAGGCUGUCUGGAUGCGCAUGUUAAGCUGAACGCUGCGAACUUGCUGCACUGGCAGUGUGUGUGCCGUCAUCAUGCCGCUGGUGAAGAGGAACAUUGAGCCGCGUCACCUGUGCAGGGGUGCUCUGCCGGAGGGCAUCGGCAGUGAGCUGGAGUGCGUCACCAACAACACGCUGUCCGCCAUCAUCCGCCAGCUCAGCAGCCUGAGUAAACAUGCGGAGGACAUCUUUGGCGAGCUCUUCAACGAGGCCAACACCUUCUACCUCCGCGCCACGUCCCUACAGGACCGUAUCGACCGCCUGGCGGUCAAAGUCACCCAGCUGGACUCCACGGUGGAAGAGGUGUCGCUGCAGGACAUCAACAUGAGGAAGGCCUUUAAGAGCACUACCAUCCAGGAUCAGCAGGUGGUGUCCAAGAGCACCCUCCCCAACCCCGUGGUGGACAUGUACAAUCUCAGCGACAAACCUCCACCCCUCAGCAUCCUCACACCCUACAGGGAUGACCAUAAGGACGGGCUGAAGUUCUACACUGACCCCUCCUACUUCUUCGACCUGUGGAGGGAGAAGAUGCUGCAGGACACCGAGGACAAGAGGAAGGAGAAGAGGAGGCAGAAGGAGCAGAGGCGUAGCGUGGACGGAACUCUUCAGCGGGAGGUGAAGAAGGUGAGGAAGGCUCGGAACCGUCGGCAGGAGUGGAACAUGAUGGCGUUCGAUAAGGAGCUGCGGCCGGACCAUCGCCACUCCCACUCCCUCCACCGGGGGGCGUCCUCCGAGGGCUCACUGUCCCCCGACAACAGGUCACACAGUUCUGACCAUACAGACUAUUACCCAGCCACACCCAACCAUACAAGCCACGCCCAUCCACACUCAGCCCCGCCUCCCUCCCUGCCAGCUGCCUACCUCGCCAGCCACACCCCUACUGUAGAGCACGACUACCGGGGCGUUGCUGCGGGAUACCAAGGGGGCACGCUGGGCCGCCCGCACCAGCCCCCGCCCCCACCGCCCCCCCCAGAGACCAUGAAUGGCACUGUGCCCAUCCCGCUUGCUGACUACAGUGUGUCAGGUGUGCAGGUGGAAGGCUUCGGCGGCUCCAGGCAGCCACUCCCUCCCCCUGCCCCUCUGAUCCCGUCAGCACAGACUGCCUUUGCCACACCCCCUGGAGGGCCCCUCCUCCCCACUGCAGGACCAAUGGCUGCAGGCGCUGGCUACGCCCCCCCAGCUUCCCCUGCCUCUGGGUUCCUCACAGCCCCGCCUCCCCCAGGACCGCCCCCGCCUCCUCCUGGCCCCGCCCACUCAGCCUCACCCAAACACACUCAGCCCAGCGAGGGACCUCCCAUCAGCGAUGCCCGCAGCGACCUGCUGGCUGCCAUACGCAUGGGCAUCCAGCUGAAGAAGGUGCAGGAGCAGCAGGAGCUGCAGGCGAAGCGGGAGCCUGUGGGGAACGAUGUGGCCACCAUCCUGUCCCGCCGCAUCGCCGUGGAGUACAGCGACUCCGACGACUCCGAGCUGGAGGAGAACGAGUGGUCCGACUGACCGCACACACACACACUCACUCACACACACUCACACACACGCACUCACACACACACACAC